AUGCAAUGGUCGUACGUUGAUUCAGCACUUCUCGUGGUGGUUUCCGUGUAUCUGUUCAAGGCACCGUUUACCAAGGUGGAAGAAAGCUUCACAAUCCAGGCGAUCCAUGAUAUCCUGAACUAUGGCAUAUUUGGUCUGGAAAGUUACGACCACUUCCAGUUUCCUGGAGCAGUUCCGAGAUCGUUUGUUGGUCCAUUGAUCAUCGCAGCGUUGACCAAAAUCUGUACGGUGAUCUCGUCGUGUCUUCCUGGCAACUCCAGUGAACCGACUCAACUUGGAAUCCAGACGCUUGCCAGGGCUAUGAUAGGGCUGACGAAUGCCUUUUCGUUGAUAUACGUGAAGAACAGCGCUCAGAGGUUAUUCGACCUUGCGGCCAAGAAACGAGAAGAUGACGAGGCAAGAAGAAGGGAGCAGAGCAAGUCAGUUAGCAUACGAGAGCCUGAUGCUAAUCUGUCGACUGUGGGAACGUGGUUCUUGGUCUUUGUCAUGACAGGGUUUCAUCUGAUGUACUACGCAUCGAGACCUCUGCCCAACUUUGUUCUCACGUUGCCUCUGAUAAAUGUUGCUACAGCAUGGGUGCUGCAGUCACGGUAUCAGUGGUCAAUUCUGCUAUUCGCUCUUACUUCUGCAGUAUUCAGGUCGGAAGUGGCAGCAAUGGGCAGCGGCAUCGGCCUGCUUUCUGUUGUGUAUGGGAAGAUCUCGCUGCUGAAAGCGAUUAAAUUCGGAUUCAUGGGACUCGUAUUGGGCAUGGGAGUUAGUUUAACUGUCGACUCGUAUUUCUGGCAGGUGUGGUGCAUUCCUGAGGUUGAUGCCUUCAUCUUUAAUGUACUGAAAGGGAACGCUACAAAUUGGGGUACUGAGCCAUUCUUUGCCUACUUCACGCACUACUUGAGGAUGCUUUUCGUCCCACCAACCAUACUGCUGCUGAACCUACUUGGAUUCAGAAUGGCUCCAACGGAAUUAAAGAUCGUCAGCCUAAGUGCGUUGUUCCACAUCUUGAUUAUGUCGCUACAACCGCACAAAGAAUGGAGAUUCAUCGUUUACGCAUUACCGCCAAUCAUCCUUCUCGGGAGUACUGCGGCAGCCUAUGUCUGGGAGAACAUCGACAUCAACAGCGUGAGGAACAUGCUGUUUGUGUGCCUUCUACCAUUGUCCCCACUGCUUUCUUUGGCGAUAUCUUCCGCAUUCCUAUACGUAUCGAGCCUAAACUAUCCCGGGGGCGAAGCCGUAGCCAAGUUCAACGACAUGAUAGUGGCUAGCAACAUCACCAACAGCACCGUUCAUCUAAGCGUUCCAGUUUGUAUGACCGGCGCAACCUUGUUCGGCGAGCUAGAUCAUAGCGUCUACGGAAUUCGUUACGACAGAUCUGAGAAAGUCAGCGAGCUGGAAGAAUUGUGGCCAUCGUUCGACUAUUUAAUCACAACUGAGCCUCACCCAAGCUUGAUCCCAUUCUCUGAGUCGCCUGCCGAAAGAUGGGAGAUGAUCCAGAGCACCACGAUGUUCAGCGGAGUGAACAGCACUUUUAUCAGCAACAUCUGGUCAGAAGACAAGAAUUUGAUCGGAGUCCUCAAGGACUCCUUAGACAUGCCUACCAGCAUCGUUAGCCAGUUGUCGCAGCUGCUUGACAACGUUGUCAUGCGUGAACCUAUCUUCUUUACCUACAAGAGAAUCAAAGCCGAACCAGAACAAUAA